AUGUGGGGUAUGCCAAAGGAGGGUAAGAUGGACCCGUUGCUAAUGGGAAGCCAUCAUCAUAUGCAUCAUCUAGCCACACGGAUACCAGCCGCCCACGGAAGACACGGCAUGCUGCCCGGCCAUCCGAUGAACAUCGUCGGUCCAUCCACAACGGCACCGGCGAGUCUUUGGAAUGCCGAUUCGACGCGCAGGAAGCGAUUUGCAAACAAUCAGCUUGGGACCUGU